UCGCUGACUACAGCACAGCAUAGCAACGUGAGCGCGCAUCACUUCCUGUGCAUGCUGGGCGCUUUCAACUCCGACAGGACAACAGUCGGAGUCGACGAAGUCAUACAAAUAGGCAGGAGUUACGGAAUAUCUGGGCGAAUAGUCCACCAAACUGUCCGAGUUUAAUCAGACACUGACUCCUGUCAUUGGACCAGCUGGUGUUGGACGGGGUGUUGGACCCUCCCCCUGCACAGCAACAGAAUGAGACAAUAGCUGGGGGUGUUGGAUGUCAUCCCUCCCCCCUCCUCUUUGUUUUCCCCUCCUACACAUCUAAGACGCAUAGACAUACUCACUAUCUUACACCAACACGAAACAGUACCCUGGACCCAUGCUUUAUUUUGUAGGGGCCAUGAGACUUUUACAGGGCUGCUGCUGUUGAGAACCCUCUGGGAACAAAACAAUCCAUUUCCUUCCAGCAAGUCAACGCAACCUUCCAAUUCCUAUGGCUUUGGUGGAGCUUGACGGAAGCUCAGUAGAUCAUUGAAUCAUGAAAACACCAGAGGACCACUGGGAGUUUCUAUUUGGAGUUGUACAUUAAUAGGCUAAAGACUGCCAGUGAGCAAAGCAAAUCUAAUUCAACCUGCAGCAGGUCUGAACGUCUGUUAGAAUAAAUGAUACCUCUCCUUUGCCAUUUCAUUCAUCACAUCUAAAGUGCCUUAUAUUCCAUUGAACUAUUGUUUACCUCUAUUCCACAUAUCUGAUCCAAUCCUUGAAAAGAUUUUGUUUACAUCUCCAGGCCUUAUAGCUUUCCAAGACAUAUCGGUUUUAUUUAUUUCUUCUGUUUGCAUGCAAAAGAGUCACAGUCUGAAGUAUCUGAGAUACAAGGAAUGAGACCACCGUAGAGUUCAGUUCCUCAAACCUAUCAAACCUAAAUUUAUUCAGACUGUUCAUCUGACUCUCAAACGUGGUGCACUACUUCCACUGAACGGUUCCGUCACCAUGUACACGCUGCAGUCCAAAUGGCGUUACCUGAUCAUGUUCUUGGGCGUCCAGUUAGUGGUCAUGGCUCUUCUCUCCAGAGAAGGCUACCAGAAAAGAGUGUCAUAUUUUUUCCGGAUUUUCCGUAAGCCUGAUUCUACGAUGGGACAUUCAGUCGGUGGACGCAACCACACGGAUGUGUAUGCCAACCUCUCCCUUUUAGGUCCUCCUGUUAAUAAAGAGGACAUGCCCUACUGCCCCAAGCAGUCACCUCUGAUUGGUGGACCAAUUCAUGUCACUUUCCCCUCUCGGCUUAAGCUUGCCGAGGUUGAGAGGAAGAAUCCGCUUGUUGUCCGUGGGGGGCGCUACAGGCCACCAAACUGUGAGGCACGCCAUCGCACUGCAGUAAUCAUUCCCCACAGAAAUAGGGAGCACCACCUCAAGUUCCUCCUCUACUAUCUGCAUCCCUUCCUACAGCGACAGCAGCUCAGCUAUGGCAUCUAUGUCAUUCACCAGGCUGGUAAUUACACCUUUAACCGAGCAAAGCUGAUGAACGUGGGAUUUCGUGAGGCCAUGAGGGAGGAGGAUUGGGACUGCCUCUUCUUUCAUGACGUGGACCUUAUUCCCGAAGAUGACCGUAACACCUACGUCUGCGAUGCUCACCCCAAACACGCCGCCAUUGCCAUGGACAAAUUUGGCUACAAACUGCCUUAUAAGAUGUAUUUUGGAGGAGUGUCAGCUCUGACCCCUGAUCAGUACCUCAAGAUGAAUGGUUUUCCAAACAAUUACUGGGGCUGGGGUGGUGAGGACGAUGACAUCGGUGUCAGGGUCUCACUUGGAGGAAUGCUGAUCAGUCGUCCGUCUCUAAAAGUGGGUCGAUAUAAAAUGAUCAAACACAAGCAUGACAAAGGCAAUGAAGAGAAUCCAAAAAGGUUUAACAUGUUGGCUAAGACCCGGCACACGUGGAAAAAUGACGGUAUGAAUACGGUGGAAUAUGAGAUCGUGUCCCGGGAUUAUCAACCGCUUUACACCAACAUUACGGUCAACAUCGGCACCGAGGCAGGGCUGCACCCGACCAAAAAAAAGAGGCACAAGUCCUAGCGCCAAUGCCGCACUGCCUGCAGACCACUCGCCCACGUGCACAUGGCCAGUGAAUUCACGGGACAUCAUGCCUUUACUGCACCACAGACUUUUCUGCUGUAAUGGUGGGCCCAUCUAGUGGUACCAUGAUUCUCUGCCCUUUCUCUCUAUUUCUUUCUCCAAAGUUUGACAUUUUGAUCCUGUGCUCACUGGUUCAUGUUAUCAGUCAGGAUGCUGCAGAAACUUCAUUAACUGGUCCAUAUACUGACCGCUUCGCAGAAUCCGUAAUGAACCACUCUGCAGGAAGGAUGUGUUUCCUGACGGACAGACUGUUCAUACAUCCUCUGUGCCAAUGGGCACCAUUUUAAAAACCUCUGUUGCCUUAGAGUCAAGCUGCACUCUCUCUUUACAUUUCUUUCAUGACGAUUGAAUCGCAGGUUCAGCCUCUUGUAGUAGGGUGAGGACGAGGGUAAAAUUUGUUUAAUGCCAUAUGAUGGAAAUAGCGAAGCAGGCCGAUGUACUGCAUAAGCAACAUUGUUUGCCGCACUACUCUGUGAGUCUGGUGCAUUUCCUGUUCAGUAAAUUAGUACUUAACAACCUGAUUAUGUACUGUAUUGUUAUCCAGGCAGGUGGGGUGAUAUUUUGUUAUAUCUUUCAUUUCAAGUAACGCACUCAGAACUGGCCUCUUUGGUAGUAAUAACCACUCUACAUAUACUGAUGUUCUCCUUUUUGCCUUUGGUUGUCUUAGUAGUAACGUUGGCUUUUAUAAUCAACGCGCUGCCUCUCAUUUUCAUGAAUUACUCAACACAUUGUAUUUUAUCUGCAUGAGUAUUUUUAUUUUUUAUGAUUGGUUGGCUGUGUCUGGUUUUGUCAUUUGCUUUGGAUUAGUAAUAGGGUUACUGAAUGUAGCUGUAUUCCUCUUCUUGGUGAGAGAAUGCCACGUCAUUGCAGAGUGCAUCAUGUUGUUUCCGUUGGGGUUGGCUUCAUGAAGAGUGCGUGCCCUUCAACCCAUGUUCCCAUUUCAGUCCAACACUUAUUCAAAGAAUUUGCCUAGAAAUGCCUAGAAUCCUCGUUACUCGAAAGGUUUUAGAAAGUCUCAUUUAUGAAACACAAGUGUAAAUUAUUCGUAAAACCAUUCGUAAGUAAAUUGUCCCAUUGAAUAAAAUGCGCUAAUUUUUGUAAAAGCCAUUUUAAUGUAAAUUGGUGUAAUGAAUCAGAUGCGUUAACAACUGUAAAAUCAUUAUGUAAAUUGUUGCAUUGAAUUGAAUACGCUAACGUUCUUAAAACCAUUUUUACAUAAAUUGUUCCUUGAAUCAAAUGCACUAAUUUUUGUGAAACCAUUCUUACCUAAAUUAAAUUCGCAAAUGUCCGUAACUAUUCUUGCGUAAAUUUGUAAAACUAUUCUACGGAG